CAGAGCGGCGCUGCCGUGGUUGGGAUUUCACAAGUUUUCGGUGUUAUUUUGACAUUCACUUGACGUUAGUGGAUAAGUGUGUCCAUUCAACACACUCGAGUCUUGAUAAAACUAUUUUAAAUAUUUCCACAGACAUAAACUUCCACCAGAAGUGCCUGUUGAGAUCGGCUGCAGGCACCGAGAGUCUGAGAAGACACCUGAAAAAAUAUGUGUCAAGAAGUCUGAGUAGUGUGCCCCGUCUCAAAAAACCAAACAAACAAGAAACCCUAUUAUCCUCGUGUGAACUCAAAAGAGAAAUUAUCUAGAAUGGCCAAUGAGACAACAAUGCAAACCUCAUGUAGUCAGGAAGGUCACGAGGUUGAUGAAUGCCGUGAAAAUAUUCCACCAGGAGUCACUGCAGCUGGAAAGCUCAAGGUCCAAGUAGGAGAUUCCUCUACACAGCCAAGUGGAGAAUUCGAGCCUCUCUCUGACACCUGCACCUUUUCAACCCCAGCUCCAACAAGCAGCAAUGGUGGAGUUAAGAUGAAGUCACGGCUCUCUGGUCUCCAGUCUGCUCUAACACCAAUUUUAAAAUACUUAAAUAUUGGCAAUAAAUGUCCCUCUCCAGAGCCUUUAAAAGAUGUAAACAGUCCUUGUCAAAAAUCAACUGGAGGUUCUGGCCAACAUCCAAACUCGGAUUCCUCUAGAAGUCAUUCUGGCCAAUUAGGUGACAUGAGUGCUCCUGUCUGCUGGCUGAAUGACGAAUACUUGCCAGAAAUUACUCUUCUUGAUGUUACGAGUGAUGCCACAAUGCAACUGACUAGAAACGAUUCAGCUCUCCCUAACAGUGUACCAGCUACACCUGUAACAGCUGGGUCUGUGAAGAGCACAUUUAACACUCUCCAGCCUUCCCAGUUGACUUCCUCUCAUCAAAUAUCCUGUGGCAGUACUAUUUUAGGGGAAGCCAGUGCUACAACCCAAAACGACACUUUCAAUGCAAAAUCUCUAUCUAAACAGAAUGGCACAAUAACUGUGUCAGAAACAAGUUCAAGUGACAAGCCCUCUCCUCCUGCUAUGGUCUGUAAUGCUACAGGAAACCAUUCUCAACUGUCAAAACAUUAUGAGACAACAAGUAAAGACCCUAAUGCCAAAAUGGACAUCCCUGAGAGCAUAGAUGCUCCUCUGCGCUGGCUAGAUGACAGGUACUUCCCAGAAAUUACUCUCCUUGAUGUUACACGUGAUUCAGAGUUAUCACCAGGAGUGGAAAUAUCCUCCAUGGAGGUCACACAGGAUAUGUCCCCAGUGGAUGGUUUGCAAUGCAACAUACCUUCCUCAGAGUUCAGUGGACAAAUUGUGGCAGAGCCUGGCACAUUGGACACAAUCAAAAGUGAAGAUUUGUCAAGUACUCUAGAUGGCAAUGCCACUCACACCAUAAGCUCCUUUGGGGAACAAUUUGGUGAGAAGUGUGUGGGUGAAAACAUACCAAAGGUUCCCUUGGAAGUAACUCGGGAUAUUUCUACAGGCAGUGUUUUGGAAGAUAGUCAGCCUUCAACAUCAGCUGAAGACACACUUGGUACCCACCCUGCUAAUGUUACCCAUGACAUUACCUCCUCCAGUGACAUGUCUGUUCAGUGUGCUGCAUCACAGUUCUCUACUUCUGAUAUGCAGUGUAGCACUAAUUCAAAGAAUGUCACAACUGAGCUUCCUGAUGAACCUGUUGUGACCACUAAUACUGUGGAAGUUAACAAUGAAGAGCUACUCACCAGCCAUGAUGCUGAGUUGACCAGCAAAGUGCCACAACCAAGCUCAAAACCAGGUGGGUCUGUAAAUGGCACAUUUACCAUUGCCGAGCAGUCCAAUCUGAGCACCUCUACCAAUUUAAACACUACGACUCAAAUACCGUGCCCUCAGAGUAAGACACUGGAUCUUGCCCCAUCUAAUGUAAACAGCCCCAAAGUGGAAAGCGACGGUAGAGAUCAGGCUUCCUCAGUCUCUAAUAACACCACUGAAAUUUCCCCUGUUAUCAAUCGUGGUUCAUGUGAUGUGCAGAACAUCACUUUUGAUAAGCAUUCUCUUCAAAAAUCCAGUGGCAAUUCUAUUUUAGGGCAAGCUGGUGCUACAAGCUUUUGCCUUCAGAACAACACUUUUGAUACUAAAUCUCCUUCCAAACAGAACGGCACAAUAACUGUGUCAGAAACGAGCUCAAGUGACAGUCAGCAGAACACUUCGGACAAGCCCUCUCCUCCUAAAGUCUGUAAUGCAACAAGUACCCCCAAAGACAACAAUUCUGAAGUCCACCCUCCUGAACUGUCAAAACAUAAUGGGACAACAGCUAGUACAGACACUCAUGCCAAGAUGGAGGGAACCCCUGAGAGCACGUUUGAAGUUAAUCCAGCUGUGGAGGUAGCUUCUGGAGAUGGUCGACGUGAGAGUAAAGAUCAUUCACAAUCAGGUCUGCCCAUGAGAUAUGGUCUUUCCGAUACUCUGGGCCAUCAGAGCAUGGAUACAGAGGAUAACAAAGCUAACACAUUAAAUUUGGAUGAUACCCUUGAUUUAAGGGCAGAUGCUUUGAUUACUUCAACACCAAUGACUAACUGCAAAAUGUUCAACUUUUACGAUGAACAACAAGAGCGCAAAACCAUAGGGGCACAGAAAAAACUGUACGGGGACGGUCCCAGUAAGCCAGAUGGCCAGGCGCCAUCAGACGUUCCAUCAAACAUCGUCUGUGACCGAAAAACAUUCUUGACGCAAACCUCUGCUAAAUCCGUUUUGCCUCCUUUGAAACCGGCAUCCCAGUUGUUGAAGUACAAGCCAGCCUCCAUACUUCCAGGAAGGUUUGAGCUGCUGACAUCAGGCCUGCCCAUGACGAGACAAAGAACCCAAGCCGAGGCUUUAAGAAAUUCUGAUGCAUCCCAAGCGACUGCAGGAAUAUCAACCUCCUACAACCUGCGUGCUACAACAACAGGAUCCAAGCAGCCCAAUUCUGGCAUGCGGAAACCGCAGUUGAGUGGCAUCCCGUCAGGCAUCCAGAGAGCUGCAGCAGGUCUCAGACUGCCAUCAGCAAGAAGCAACGCACCAGCUUCUUCAAGCACUGACAAACUCCGUGGACCUACAGCAGCUACUCACCCUGCGACGAAGAUUUUGCAAGCAAAGAAGCACUCUUUAACCAGAGGUGAAGCUUUGCCAAUAGCUAAGAGGAAAAAAAUGGAUGCUCCUUUACCACCUUGUGCUGAAGUUUCAACAUCUUCCUGUGAUGCAGCAACCCGAGCCAAAAACCUUAAACGGCCCGCAACCAGUCAGAGAGCUUUACCAGCUAAAACCCCGAGAGAUGCUGUUGCAGUGCCAACCAGCACUGCUGAAACAUCAUCAUCUUGCAGUGCUGUUAGCAGAGCCAGAGCCCUAAAGCAGCCUGUAACCAGCAAUAGAGCUCUGCCACCUAAACCCCAAGGCCAUGGUUGUGCCAAAUGUGUCGCGCUUGAACAGCAACUUGAAAUGAAAUCGGAGGAAAUAAGGAGACUGAAAGAAGAGCUGCUGAAGUACAGUAAACCAGAGGAAGAAUGCUGAUAUUGAUCCUGUUACAUUCCCAGUGUGAAUACUUAAUAUAAUAUCUGCAAUCAUUCAUUCAUAAAUCUUUUAAGUUACAGUUUAACACUGUAAAUGUUUUUUAUUCAAUAAAUGCAUCAAUAAUAAAUAUGCUGAUAUUUAACACAGCUUAACUCAUUUAACUCAAUUGUUUAACACAAUGUACUGUAUGUUGAGACAUUUUUUGGCGUAGUGGCUGGCUUUGGGUAACCAGUUAUUAUAUUAUUGAAAUCUGCUCUGUUAUAAUCUGCUCACAGGAAAACUCCACACCCCGAAUUGGAUUACAAUCAUAAAGUGAACCAUACAUACUUUCAGGUGCUUUAAAAGAACAUUGAAAGGACCCGAUGACGCUUUGUAACAAGGCUGAAACCGUACUUUACCCAAUGCCAGUGUAAAUAUUAAAGUAUAUUAACGAACGAUGAAAUGAAGAUACUGUAUGUGUGUAUACCUUCUUACUCUGAGAUGCUUCAUGUGGUCUUUAAAGUAUGCAUGUAUCUGAGAUGUUUGAAAUAAAUAUGCUGUGAAUUAUCUUAA